CGGCUCUUUCCGGCUUUGCUGCCGGACGUCACGCAUGCGUGAUAGGUUUUACACUGCUAUUAGCUUAGUAGUGGUAUUUUACUAAGCUUUCAACCUUUUAGGGUUAAAAAUGAAAAGUAUUCUUUGUAAUUUUUUUGAAUUGAAGAAAUUUAUUUUAGUUUUGUUUACAAUUGAACCCUAGAAUGAUCAGAAGUACGUGUUUUCCGGUCCUCUUUCGCGUCCUCCGCCGCUUCUUCAGUGAAGUCCGGACAGAUGUUCGUGAAUGUGCCUCUAAACCUGACCUCACACAGGAGGCCUCUCUAUACGUUCAUUGGCCUUAUUGUCUCAGAAGAUGCUCCUACUGUAAUUUUAAUAAGUAUAUUCCCAAAGAAAACAAGGACAACAUCAUGACUGAGUGUCUUCAGAGGGAAACUGAGACGCUGCUGCAGCUCAGUCAAGUUUCCUGCAUCACCUCAGUGUUUUUUGGCGGUGGAACUCCAAGCCUGGCUGAUCCGUCCACCAUAUCUGCAGUCCUCGAGACGGUUUCCAAGCAGGCGAGCCUCUCGGAUCAGGCUGAAGUUACACUUGAGGUCAACCCGACUCCUGCAGGGAAGAUGAAGUUAGAAGAGUUUCACCUGGCAGGGGCGAACCGUUUUUCCAUUGGGGUGCAGUCUUUACGAGACAAGGACUUGAGAAGUCUGGGAAGAGACCACAGUUCACAUGAAGCUUUGCAAACUAUAGAAGAGGCCAGGAGGCUGUGUCCUGGUAGGGUGUCAGUGGACGUUAUGUUCGGACUACCCAAACAGACCGCUGAAUCCUGGGAAAAACAGCUGUCGGAGCUCCUUACUGUGUGCGAUGACCACGUGUCUCUGUAUCAACUGACCCUUGAGAGGGGCACACAGCUUUUUAAACAAGUGCAAAGUGGAGGAGUGAGCAUGCCUGCAGAGGAAGUGACCGCAGAGAUGUACCAACACGCCAGAGAGACUCUUCACCAGCACGGCUUUGUUCAGUAUGAGGUGUCCAAUUUUGCCAGAAAUAACUCGGAGAGCCGCCACAACUUGAGCUACUGGAGAGGAAAGCAGUACAUUGGCGUCGGUCCAGGAGCUCACGGGCGGUUCGUUCCUCUCGGGGAGGGGGUGGUUGCCCGCGAGGCCCGCACUCAGACUCUGGAGCCUGACGUCUGGAUCCGUGAAGUCCAGCAGAUGGGACACGGCACACGGAGGCGGAUCCAGCUGGGCCGUCUUGACCUGUUGGAGGAGGUGUUAGUGAUGGGAAUGAGAAUGACUGACGGCAUUAGUCACAAGCACUGGGAGUUGUUUUGCCCUCAAAUGAACCUUCAUGAAGUUUUUGGGGAAUCUAUGCGAGUCCAGGAGCUGCUGCUGGGCGGACAGCUCAUUCUGGAUGACAGGGGUCUGCGCUGCUCGUGGAAUGGACUGGGAUUACUGGACAGUAUUCUUCCAACUCUCCUGGCAGAGCUGCAAGGACACAGAUGCCGACAGUUAAAGAAGUACCCAGACCUCCAAUGGAGGUUAUAGGGAAAUAAAAAAUCAUUUUGGUUCUGUCUUUAUUGAUAAGACGACAUGUGAGAAGAGAAAAAAGCUCAAUACAAUUGUAGCUGACACAGAAGCAGAUAUUAGUGUGGAAAUGUCUGCUCUCCUAAAGCAUUUUUAUAAUAAAUAUAUUUGUAACAAUCCUGAUUGAUUGUAUUAUUAUUUUUUAACUCCAAACUCCCAUACGUAAAAAUAAUAUGUCCUAUUUUAGUGUUGAAAAGUACAGACUUUUAGCGGUUUUGUCCUAGUUUUGUUACAGUCAGACUCAUUCAAUUAUUAUUAUUUUAAAACUUCUGAUGCAUUCUGGUCAGAUGAUUUGUCAAUAUAUAUUAAAUAAUUUUAUUAAAUUACAUUUAAACUAAGUGAUAUAACGUUCUCCAUAAUUCGACUGGACAUGAUUACUCUGUUCUGAAUGUCAAAGGUAUCGAAACACAAUAAAAGUUUAAAAAUUCAACUUAAAUAUUGUAAAAAAAAAAAAAAAA